AUGGCUGAGCUGAAGGAGGCGGAGAACCAGAGCGCGACCGACCUGAGCCCUUUAAUCCUGCAAAGAAACUCCAUGAGAUGGGAUGGAAAGAUCUAUGAAGAGAUCCCCAUAGCUCACAUCAAAGCUACGUACAACAACACCCACAUCCAAGUGGUCAGCUUUGACAACACGCCGUUUGCCCACACGUCCUGUGGCACAGAAGGCUUCCAGAAUGCCAAGAAGGGAACGGCCAUCGCGGCACAGACCGCAGCCAUGGCAGCAGCAGUGAAAGCACGUGGGAAGGGUGUGUUGCAUGUACGAGUCAUGGUGAAAGGACUGGGACCAGGGCGCAAAGCUGCCAUCAAGGGUUUGACUAUGGGAGGUCUGGAAGUGAUCUCCAUCACCGACAACACCCCGGUUCCACACAACGGCUGCCGCCCACGGAAAGCCAGGCGAAUGUGAGAGGGGAGUGGAAAAGACCCACAGCUCUCAACAUCAGUUCAUGGAAUGGGGACUGGGUUGAAUGUCACUCCCAUGACCCUGCCUGGAAAUACUUGUUGAGGGAAGCUUGAAGAAGAGAGACCAUCCUGGGCCUUAAAAGCCCAGGUGGUAGAAGCUGGUGGUAAAAGCAGGAAUCUGUGUGCUCUCUUUGUGGGAAGCCUCUCGUGUACAAAGUUUGUUGAUUAAAAUGUUGGUCUUUCGACAGCC